AUGGACAGCAAUCCUUUAACACCACGUGCUAGUAGUUUCAGUAUUGCUUCAUUGAUUACAUCAGAGUACUGCGAUGAUGAGAAUAGUUUAUAUCAUUCUAUGACAAAUUCAAUUCCAUCAAAUUUUUAUUCUAACAAUUGCUCAUUCAAUCAAAUCCAAAACGAUACUCAUCCGAAUUCAAUUCAACAAGAACUUGAUCAUUUUCAUUCAGCUACAUUAUCAGAAACAAAUAACGGCGAAUAUCAUCAACAACAACAACAACAACAACAACAACAAAUACGAAGAAGAAAAACUCGAUCAACAAAUUAUAAACAAAUAAAAACUCUUCAAAAACCAACAUCAACAUCAACAAUAACAAAUCGAAUGGACGAUUACAUUCAAAUAGCAACCGAAACUAUUCAAUCGACAACCAAUAUAAAUAAAUCUGGCAACGAAAACAUGUCCAAUGGCAAUAAUGAAAUGAAAAAGCCACUUCAUCCUAAAUUAGCACAUAUAAAAAUGGUUCUCGAAUCGAAAUCACUAUGGGAUGAAUUUGAUAAACUUGGAACAGAAAUGAUUGUUACUCGAUCUGGAAGACGAAUGUUUCCAAUUCUGCAAGUAAAAAUCGUGGGCAUGGAUCCAACCGCUACUUAUAUACUUAUGGUGGAUUUUGUACCAUUAGAUGAUAAACGUUAUCGAUAUGCAUUUUAUAGCUCAAGUUGGGUUGUUGCUGGUAAAGCUGAUCCACACGGUCCAGGUCGUUUUCAUGUUCAUCCUGAUUCACCACAAGUAGGUUCAUGUUGGAUGAAAAAUAUUGUUUCAUUUGAUAAACUUAAAUUAACCAAUAAUUUACUGGACGAAAAUGGACAUAUUAUACUCAAUUCAAUGCAUCGUUAUCAACCUCGUAUUCAUUGUGUUUAUUCGCCAUCGGGCAAAACUGAUGAAUCAAUCCUACAACAAACACAAACAUUUCGUACAUUUACGUUUUCUGAAACAACUUUCAUUAGCGUUACAGCCUAUCAAAAUCAUCGAAUAACUCAAUUGAAAAUAGCUUCAAAUCCAUUUGCUAAAGGUUUUCGUGAUUGCGAAUCGGAAGAUGGUAUGAUGGAUGUUAUGAAACAAUUCAAUUCUAAUCAACGCUUACUUCGUUCACAGCGAAAAUCACCGAAUACGCAAAUGAAUUCAUUUAAUACAACUGUUGAAAAUACACCUUGUUUUCUAACUGAUCCGCAAGAUUCAACACUGAAUUUUAUGUCACCAACAACAUACUCAUUAGUCAAUCAUGAUCUAGCAAAUUAUGCUGCUGAUGCUUUUGUUUAUUCACAAUUGUCUGAUUUAAGUUAUCGACGUGAAACAUCAUCAUCAUCAUCAAGUUAUCAUACAACACGGAUGAGUCCAUAUGCACGGCAAACAUUUUAUCCAAUGUAUACACAACGUGAGAUUCAUUCGCCAUCAUCAUCAUCUUACAAUAGCUGA